GCCAUAUAUUACAUUAGAAAAAAAAAAUUAACUCUUCAUUACUCAUUUCCCAAAUUUUGAUUCAAACGCAUUUCUCGCAUUAACCAGCCAUCGUUAAGUUUGGUAAGCAUGGACACGUCAAAUCCUGCAGUCUUUGUCAAUGCUGAGUUCCUCAAGCAGCAUGUAGGAAGGAGGGUUCGCGCAGUGGUUCAGGUUAUGCAAUCUGAUGGUGAUAAAGUCAUUGGAAAAUCCACAGAUGAACAGCAGCUGGUUGUGAAAGGAUAUCCACCUAGUCCUCUUUCAACUUUUGUUGAAGUAAUUGGUAUCGCUGACACUCCCCAGUCUAUUCAGGCAGAAACUUGGACCAAUUUUGGUGAUACAUUUGAUGUUACUAGCUUCGACAAAGUUUGCAGACUGGCAAAUGGUGACAGUAAGCACUUGUUUAUCUGAGGAAUGGCGAUCGGAAUGCUAUAAAAGAGGACAUAUAUACUCUUAUUUCUGCUGCAUUUUUCCAGUGUUUCAAUGUAUCAUUUUAGUCUGAAGUACUUUCACAAACUUUAGUUCUUCACCUUCUGUUUUUAGUAUUUAGUUCAUCAGAAGUUUAACUCUUUGCUUGAUGGAAACUUGGUUAUUCUUCAA